CAUUUUCAUGUUGUAUUUUAUAUUACUUAUGAAAUAAUGAAAUAUACCAGAAGUACCAAUACAUGCUCGCAAUUCGGAUUACCUAAACCCAUUUGUUUUCACCCUCUCUAUAUAAACUCUCUAUCUCUCUCUCCCGAUCUCAUCACUCAAGAAACAAACUCUCUCCCUCUCUCUACACAUAAUCUCCCUGCUCCUAAUCCUUCUUGUCUCAAUCUGCAACUAACAAUGUCGGAGAGACCAAACCGUCACCAGAGAAGACUUUCUCAGAGCGUUUUGCCCAUCUCCCUCGACGAUCUCUCCGACAUAUCCCUCACAGCAAAUCCUCCAUCAUCCAUCCCUUCUCAGCCGCCACGCCAUCAGAUCCCUCCGCCGUCUCCGGCUGCUCCUCCGACAAACCGUGGUAACAAUGAUGAUAAUGCUAGCAAGGAAGGGAACGCAUCUUCUAGUUGAUUUCAUAUUUUCAUUUGCUUCUUAUUAUUGUUUUAGAUCAUCGCAUAAGCCUUUUCUCCGUCUUCUUUUUAAACUUGCUUAAUAUUCAGAUUUUGUAUUUUGUAAAAUUACUUAUAUGAUAAUGAAUCAAUCGUAAUUUCUUAUCUCAAUAUGUUAAACAGAUUUCGGGCUUCUUGUGAUGUAUAAUAAGUGAAGAUUUGAAUAUAGUUUUGAAUUUCUUUUUC